GUGAAGUGUUUAAUAUGGCGAAUAGGUUGACUAAGCUUUGACAGUUUAUUUUAACGUGAAAAAAAAUAUUAUUUUAUAUGUAUUCCAAUGACGAUGUACACUUUACCAAAUUUUUGUCGUGUAUGCCUGAAAUACGACAAAAAUCUAAUAGACUUGGCUCACAUCGAGAACGAACCGAACGAAACUCUCAUGAGCAAACUGCAACAAUGUGUAUCUGAAGUGGAAUGGACGGUGUUUAAACCAUUGUUAUGCCACCCUUGCAUCAAGAGACUGAACAUAGCUCACAGUUUUAAAAAGCAAUGUAUACAUUCAGCGGGCGUUUUGAAAAAUUACGUGGAACUCGUGAAGGAAUCUCAAAAGAAAACCGAAUCUCAGAACACCAUCAAAGCCGAAAACGUGCUGGCAUCAACGGGUGGCACGUACAUGCUGUUACCCAACCAAAAGUACGUUAAAAUCCUAGUCGGCGGGCAAAACCAAGGAGCCAACACAUUCCAGAACGUUUUUUUAAACCUAAUACCGGCCAGUACGCUAAAUCCCAUCAUCACGACCGCUUCGAACACCACCAAAACCAAGGACAACAAUCAGAACGUCUUUCUAAACAUCAACAACGCCAUACAGAAAAUCGUCCCCGUCUCGCAAUCGCCCGCGGAAGUAUUAAAAAAGAGCCCCGAGCUUCAAAAGCCGAGCGUCAACGUCAAUCAACUUCUAACGGAGAGCAAGAGCGAAGAACUGAGCGUAGAAAUAGAUCCAACCGUAUUCGGUUUAGAGGAAGGCGACAACGACAGCACCGAGGAGGAGUUAAAUGACUAUGAUGAAGUGAUUUCACAGGCCAAAAUUAAUCUCAAAGAUAUUAAAGCUGCUAACGGCGAAAAACUGCAGAAUGGCAAAGAAGACCAAAAAUAUUAUGUUCCUAUACUUCCUAAGACUCAAGAUGAUUUCUUUUCUUCAGGUCAACACUUCUUGUUCAGCCAAACGGAAAAUUCCGGGGCGUUCGUAUGCGAGCAAUGCCAAAAAUCGUUCGCAACCAAGAAAUUACUUAAGGCCCACAUCAACCAGUUCCACUUGGGCAAGUUGCCGUUUAAGUGUGAAUAUUGUUACUUAGAAUUCGCCACUCGAAACGAAUACGAGCUGUGCUUGAAGACCCACAGGAGCGAGGCCGAAACAUUGGACAAGUCUCUUACGUUGCGGGACUUUUCCACUAACGCCUCGUCUCUGAACGAGCAGCUCACCGAGUUAGAGGCCAACAUAGAGCCCACGGAGAACGGGGAAUAUAUUUGUGAUGUUUGUAAAAGGCCUUUCAGCAGUUCGACGGGUCUGCUGAGGCAUAAGGUGCGUAAACACAACCAAAAAAAUAAGAAAAAAUACUUUAUUAAAGGCAUGAAGAAUGCAAAAUGUGAUAUUUGUAACAGAGAAUUUUCUACGCAAUCGUAUAUGCAAUUACACAAAAAGUUGCACAUGAGAGACGACUUUGGCUAUAAAUACAAAGUUUUCGGUAAGAGUAAAUAUAAUGUAGUAACAGAAGAGAAGAAGAGCGAAGAUGUUAAUACGAAUCUUCAGGAAACUUUCAAUACGGACGAUUCGAAUGUAGAAAACUUAGAUGUAACUCCUGAUAUUUUUAUGGAUAAGUCUGAUGAUGAAAGUAACGACGAAGAUAGGGAGGAUAGUAUUGAAGAUUCGGGCGAAAUGAAACCCGAAAAAAUGGAGGUGCAAGAAGAGAAUGCUUCAGACAAUGAAACUGAAGAUGAGGAAUUAAAUGAAAACAAUACAGAAUCGGAAACAAUAAAUGAGAAUAAUUGUGAUGUUAAAGAAGUGAAUGAUAAUUAGGUAGGUGAGAUGAUUUUCAUUUUUGCAAUAUUUUUCAUAAAGAUACGCCUGUGUUUUGUUACAUGUGAAGCAAAUUUUAUGAUUAUGUACAGUAAGUCCAUAGAGCGAGCAUCAAUGAGGAAAAACUUUUUAUUUUUGUUUUCCCAAAAAUAUUUCUUCCCUUGAUAAAAAUCCUGCUAGUGCCAAACUUCUAAAAAUAAUCAUAUCUUCAGUAGAUUUUUUUAUUAUUAAACAUUGAAAAUAAUCCUACAAAGCUAAAAAUGCAUUUAGUAAUUGCUUAUAAGUACACUUUUUGAGAAAUCAAAUGUAAAAAAUACUUCUCUUUGAUUCUAAAACUGAAGACAUA